AUUUUUACAAAAUUCCAUGGACGCUUUGACAUGCAAAAUAUGACUGAAUGAGUAUGAUAGAAUUGAUUUUACUCCGGUCAAUUUACCUGAUUGAGGGCACUCUCUUUGUAGGACCUGAGAGGUUGCACUGAGAAUGAGAAAUCCUAUCAAUAGCAAGUGCCCAUUUUGAAAAAAAGUGAUUAUGUGUGAACCUGUUCCAAACUAUGCGCUUUUGGAUGUCAUCGACUCGAUUCAACCUCCAGAAGAGUUAAUAACUAUCAAAAUAGGGCGUGUACCUCAUUUAAUAGAUGUUGUGUCUCUCAAAGACCUUUACCUGAAUAAAUUUCCCAGUGGGAAAAAUAUUGAGAAGGUUACUUUUGAAGAUGAUCCGCAUUCUUCUUUCUUCUGCUCUCCUGAGCCAUGAGAAGAGAAAAUAGUCACAAUUGAGUACAAAUCUGAGAAUAAAAACGAAGUCAUUAAAUCUUUGGAUGGAAAAAUAUUUUCAAUUUUUAACGAAGACAUGCAUCUGAUGUUGAACGUGUGUAGCACUGAAAACAAGUUCUUACAUCCAGACGUGAAGAAAAUUCUCAAAGCAAAGGGAUAUGACAUGGUCAUGCUGAUUCCUUCUCGACCAGCCUUAGGCUAUGACCUUGCUAUAAAGAUGGAGUUCGAAGAAAUGGCUAUUUCCUGCCCAUGGAUGAAAGAAAUCAAAAGUUUAGUUGAAAAAACAAGCCAGCUUAUUUCUUGUGAUAGGCGGAUUUACUACAUCCUUCAUUUCCUUGACCAAGAAUUACUCUCAGAUGCUUAUGUGAAAUUGUCUCGAUAUAAAGAUAUAAAACUAGAUGGGAAGUACAACUUUCUCCCAGUCAAGAACAACAUGAACAUCCUAAAGUUAGAGAUGGAGGUGGAUUAACUCUUUCUAUGUGCCUAAA